AUGGUCAUCUCCACCAUAUUCUCAGUGUCCAGAGACCGAUGUUCACCAACUCAACAAGAUAAUGUUCCCCUUGUAAGGGACAAUGAUUCACAUGACCCUGUGGAAACUCCGUCAAUCCCUCCGGUAGUUUCAUCUAAACCAAAAAAACGGCAGGCUGAACCCAACAAACCAGAGAACCCCGAACCGGCUGCUGGUGAUCCAGACCCCUGCUAUCCAAGCAAGCGUUAUAAGGAAAACGCAAAGCAGGAAUCCCAAAUAUCUCCUCCUCUAUAUUUUCAAGCAUCAAAAGCAUAUAGCAAUGGCAACUUCCUGCUAGCUGCCCAUCGCUUUCGUUUGCUCUUGUGUCUGUAUCGUGAACAGAAGUCACAGAGCAUUCCAGAAUACCCUGAUACCAAGAUGAUCCAAGUCUGCCUUGAUCUCACCCGGUGCUACUUGAACCUGAAGAAAGAGGACACAGCUCACGAAGUCCUUGAGGAUGCUUGGCGUCCUAAGAGGCUACUAACGAUUGAUAUAACACAUCCACUUUUUAAGGAUUUAUCACGGCUUUAUCUUGAGGUAAAGGCCCAGCAACCCCUGUUAUCUCAUCAAAAGAACACAGAUUUGAGUGUCCUGCAAGACGAACAUGAGAGAGAAACAGUGGAAUCUUUAAAACUUAUUUAUAAUUAUGGUACUCAAUACUUUUUUGAAGGACAACCACGGAAUGCUGUUGGCCUCUUGAGGUAUGCAGUACGUCGAACAGAGGAAAGAAGUGGCACUGAUAUUGGAGAAAGUUUGAAACAUGCAUUGGUUGGGAUCCACUUGCUUUUGGCUGAGGCCUUUCUCUGUCUUGGGCAGCUUGAAGAUGUUCAUACCACUUUGAAAAAAGUAUGGAGUCCAAUCCACUAUCUACACAUUGACCAACACCAUCAACACUUUCUUUGGCUGGCGAGGGUCCAUGCGCAUGCCACCAAGCCAAAGACUAGCUGUUCAAACAACAAAAACAACCGCUUAACUGUUAAGAAACUUGAUCUUUAUGAACGCUUAGGUCUUUCACAUAUGGCCAACAACAUCGAAAUCAAGAAGGCCUACUGGCGGUGUAGUUUGCUCUUCCAUCCAGAUAAAAGUGGGGACACUGUUGCCUUUCAACAAAUUAGGGAGGCCUAUGAAGUUUUGUCUGUUGCAGAAACACGCCGUAGAUAUGAUUACAAUCAAAAAAAUUCAAAGUGA